AUGGGGAAGGAUCAGGAACUGCUGGAAGCUGCUCGCACAGGCAAUGUGGCUCUGGUGGAGAAACUCCUCUCCGGGAGGAAAGGAGGGAUCCUGGGCAGUGGAUCUGGAGCUAUUCCCUUAUCCAGCUUACUGAGCAUCUGGCGAGGACCAAAUAUAAACUGCACAGACAGCUCAGGCUAUACUGCUCUGCAUCAUGCAGCUUUAAAUGGACACAAGGAUAUAGUUCUCAAAUUACUUCAGUAUGAAGCAUCAACUAAUGUGGCAGAUAAUAAAGGUUAUUUUCCUAUUCACUUGGCUGCUUGGAGAGGAGAUGUAGACAUUGUGAAGAUUCUUAUUCAUCAUGGACCAUCACACUCCAGAGUGAAUGAACAGAACAAUGAAAAUGAAACAGCACUGCAUUGUGCAGCUCAAUACGGUCAUUCAGAAGUAGUCGCUGUUCUAUUAGAAGAGCUCACAGACCCUACAAUAAGGAACAACAAACUAGAAACACCACUGGAUCUGGCAGCACUUUAUGGACGUCUGCGUGUUGUAAAAAUGAUCAUCAAAGCCUAUCCAAACCUGAUGAACUGUAAUACAAGAAAACACACUCCUUUGCAUCUUGCUGCACGUAAUGGCCACAAAGCUGUUGUACAGGUGCUUCUGGAGGCUGGAAUGGAUGUCAGCUGCCAAACAGAAAAAGGGAGCGCUCUACAUGAAGCAGCCCUGUUUGGAAAGGUGGAGGUAGUACGCAUUUUGCUUGAAACAGGAAUUGAUACCAACAUAAAGGACAGUCUGGGUAGGACGGUUUUAGAUAUUCUUAAAGAACAUCCAUCUCAGCAGUCACUCCAAAUUGCAGCUCUACUUCAAGAGUAUAUGGAAACAGGAAAUGCAAGUAUUUCAGAGGAACGUCCACUGGAAUGCGCAGAGCACCAGUCUUGUGUUUUGUCCCCAGAAGUUCCUUCGUCUCCAAAGGCUAAAAGUGAAGCUGUGACUGGAGAAUUAUCAAAGCUCUUAGAUGAAAUCAAAUUGUGUCAAGAAAAGGAAUACUCUUUUGAAGAUCUGUCUCAUACAAUAUCAGAACAUUAUCUGGACAAUUUUAGUAAAGUAUCAGAGGAAGAACUUAUGACCAGUGGAAGCCAAACCAAGCUUAAUGUAAGACCUUCAUCAACAAGUUUAUCCCCAAGAGAGGAAGAUGAUGAUGAUGCAGGUGAAAAUACUUGUGGUCCUUCAGGUUUAUGGGAGGCCUUGACACCUUGUAAUGGAUGCAGGAACCUUGGAUUUCCCAUGCUUGCACAGGAAUCUUAUUCAAAGAAGAGAGGUUAUGCAUUGGAAGCAAUACCCUCUGUACCUCUGGAUGCAGUUCCUUCAGAAAAUGAUAGCAGUCUUUGUGAUUCAAUAGACAUAGCAGUGACCAAAAAACCUUGUUCCCUAGAGAUAGCAAGAGUUCCUUCCUCAAGACCAGAUAAUGCACCUCAGGUAGCAAUUACCGCACCAGGAUCUGGUAACCAUAGAAACAGCUCUACAGGCCCAACACCUGACUGCUCUCCUCCAUCACCAGACACUGCACUUAAAAACAUAGUGAAAGUUAUACGUCCUCAGCCCAAGCAGCGCACAUCAAUAGUAUCUUCUCUGGAAUUUCAUCGAAUGAAUCACAGCCACAAUUAUUUUGAAAUCAACUCAUCCAUUGGCUGUCCAAGUUUUAUUUCUGCUCCUGCAAUCAGUCCAGCUAAUUAUUCCUUUGGAUCUCUGGCAUACAAGAAUUUAGAAACAUGACAUGUUAUUUCACCUUACCCAUGUAAUUCUCACAGUCACCCCACUGAACAGUUUGCAGGUUUACUUCACGGAUCAUCACCUGCAUGUGACCCACCUGAUAAUCCUCUCCAGCUGUACAGCAAAGCGAGCCAGUGCAGCGCUCCCCUAGAGAAAAGCAUUCUGAGCAAGAGCACAGCACAGCAGAUCCACCUACGGAAAGAAAGCAACACUGAUCCUCCUGUUAAGAAAAAAAAGCCACCAGUUGUAAACAGAACCAUAUUUCACACUAAAGCUAAGCCAGUAGAAAAUCAUACCUUGGUUGGCACGUCAGCGAGGAUAAGUGAACAAUGGGUUAUUACCACUGGGGGAUUUGUGGAGCGGGCGUGCACACUUGGGAGAAUAAGAUCUUUACCAAAGACUUUGCUUGAAAUGCAUUUGUGCAAAAAUGUUUCAAAAUCUGAUUCUAAUCUUAUCACCCACCCACCAAAUGACAAAAAGGCAAGAAGCAACUGGAGUGAACCCACACCAAGCCAGCAGACCUCCAAAGGGAAUUCGGAGAGAACACCUUCCUUCACAUCAGAAUGGGAAGAAAUUGAUAAAAUCAUGAGUUCAAUAGAUGCUGGAAUUAAUACUGGACUGGGGGAGAUGAGUGAUCACACUAAAAGACCCCGAUGCCCUGUCCAGACAGUGGGACAAUGGUUGGAAAAUAUUGGGCUACCUCAGUAUGAGAACCACUUGCUGGCUAAUGGAUUUGACAAUGUGCAAUUUAUGGGAAGCAACGUAAUGGAGGACCAGGAUCUCUUGGAAAUAGGAAUCCUUAACUCCGGACACAGACAGAGAAUACUUCAAGCAAUCCAGCUUCUCCCAAAGAUGAAGCAGAUUGGUCACGAUGGCUACAACCCCACCUCUGUAGCUGAAUGGCUGGAUUCCAUUGAACUGGGUGACUAUACCAAAUCCUUUCUAAUUAAUGGCUAUACAUCAAUGGACCUUGUGAAAAAAAUCUGGGAGAUUGAAUUAAUUAAUGUCUUAAAAAUUAGUCUGAUUGGCCACCGAAAACGUGUUUUGGCAUCUUUGGGAGACAGGCUUCACGAAGAUCCUCCUCAGAAACCACCUCGGUCAAUAACCCUCAGGGAACCCAGUGGUAACCACACUCCUCCUCAGUUGUCUCCAUCACUUAGCCAAAGCACUUUCACUACUGGUGGCUCCCUGGACGUUCCCCACAUUAUCAUGCAGGGUGAUGCAAGGAGAAGAAGAAAUGAAAACUAUUUUGAUGAUAUUCCCCGGUCAAAGCUGGAGAGGCAGAUGGCACAGACAGGAGACUGGGGAGAGCCUUCAAUUACCUUGCGACCUCCAAAUGAAGCCACAGCAUCAACACCUGUGCAAUAUUGGCAACAUCAUCCAGAGAAACUCAUCUUCCAGUCAUGCGAUUAUAAGGCAUUUUAUUUAGGUUCUAUGCUGGUAAAAGAGUUAAGAGGAACAGAGUCAACACAGGAUGCAUGUGCAAAGAUGAGGGUAAACUGUGAAAAGUCUACAGAACAAAUGAAGAAAGUACCAACCAUUGUCCUGUCUGUCUCAUACAAGGGAGUCAAAUUUAUUGAUGCAACAAAUAAGAAUAUUAUCGCUGAACAUGAAAUCCGUAACAUUUCCUGUGCUGCACAAGACCCUGAAGACCUUUCUACAUUUGCGUACAUCACUAAAGACUUGAAGACCAAUCACCACUACUGUCAUGUAUUCACUGCAUUUGAUGUGAAUUUAGCUUAUGAAAUCAUUCUUACGCUAGGACAAGCAUUUGAGGUGGCCUAUCAGCUUGCACUACAAGCACGAAAAGGGGGCCAUUCUUCAACCCUUCCAGAAAGCUUUGAAAAUAAACCCUCCAAGCCUAUUCCCAAACCACGUGUUAGUAUUCGGAAGUCAGUGCAGAUAGAUCCGUCUGAGCAAAAGACUCUUGCGAACCUCCCAUGGAUUGUUGAACCCGGACAAGAAGCAAAAAGAGGCAUUAAUACCAAGUAUGAAACUACAAUUUUCUGA